CAAAAACAUACAGUUCAUUGAACUGAAACUGAAAUCAAUUAUUAUUAAUAAUCACUGUUUAAUAAAUCUACAUGUGUAUAAGAAAAAGAAGAUAGUACAAAUUAAUUAGAAAAACUUAUUAAUACCAAAUAAAAAAGGAUAAUGCAAUAUUUGAUAACAAAUUGUAAAAAUCUGACAUAAUAUCGUUUUUGUUUAUAACAAUCGAAUAACAUAAAUAAUAUAUACAAUAUUAACAUUCACUGACAAUCUUCUUUUAUAUUAUUUUCUUUCAUAUACACUAGUAUAUGGUAUAUGAAAGAGUAUUCAAUUUUUAUUUUACGAAAAAUGGUGGAUUUAUUCGGCAAAGAUAAAGGAAAUAUUUCAUUGUCAACACAAUUACAAUCGUAUGAAGAUGAAGACCAAAAGAGACUGCCAACGAUUAUUAAUUUACAAAAAACCUUUUAUAGUAUUAAAAUUGCAGAUAUUGAAAAUAGAAUAAACAGGUUAAAAACAAAUUUAAACUUCAUAAAUACAUCUCCUAAUUUUGUUAUGCUUUCCUACAUCUUAAUACUAUGUAGUAUAAUAAAAGAUAAAAAUUAGGACAUUUUUAAAAGUAUUAGAGAUCAGUAUCGAAAUUAAUAUCUAGGUUUGACAAAAGAAACGACGAAUUACUAAAUGCAAUCGAAACUACAAUUGAACAAACAGCUAUAGUAGAUGCAGAAACGACUGAAGAGAUUGCAAAUUUAAACAAACUACUUUCAACUCAAAAUAAUUUAGUAGAAAGCUUAAAAGGAAAGAUCGACAUCAUAGAAAAUGAUCGAAUAGAAAGUAAAAGAUUACACGAAGAGAAAAUAGAACUGUUUGCUCGAAAGUACAAAAAAACGAAGGUUGAAUUAAUUUCUCAAAUCAAAAUCUUAAGUAACUUAUAAAGAUUUCCUUUCCUUAUUCUUUUUACACUCUACCGUUCUUUGAUAUUUGUUCGUAAGAAAUUAUGUUUCUAAAAGCGGUUGGACAAUUUUUCUAGAUGUGAGAAUUAAUGUUUUGGAAGAUUUUAAAAAAAUGCAAGAUGUACUGAAAGAAAAGUUGCAAGUAAACGAGGUGCAAAUGGUGAAGAAUGAAGAAAGGAUAAAAGAAACGAUGGAAAUUAUUAAUCGAAAGAUUGAAUUCGAUAAGGAAAUGGUCAAAAAUGAAAUGUACGAUUGCCUUCAUGAUUUAGCGAUACAGUUUCAGAAAGAAGUUAACAAACAUAUAAAUUUACCAAAUCAAAGAUUAAUGAGAGAAAAUAUUAUGUUAAAAAAUGAAUUAUUACAAAUUUCUACAAGAGUUUCAUCGAAUAUUGACACCAAUAUCAUUCUUAAAAAUGCAGCAAUUGAUUACAAAAAGAGAAUGGGUGUACGAACUGCCUUUAUAAGAGAAAAUAUAGUAAUCGCGAAAGUACAGAAUGAAGUACUGAAACGAUUAAGGAAGAAGUUUUACAAUACAAAAGGAUAUCUUUCAUCUAUUAAUAUUCUUGAUCCUGAUGCAGAACAGAAAUAUUUAAUAUUGAUAGAAAGUGCCCGUCGAGAAGAGAACGACAUUAACUUUCGUUUCUCAUCAUUGAAAGCUUUACUUCAUAAAGAAAGAACGAAAAUUAGCGUUGCGAGAUAUAUUUUGAAAAGAUUAGAAUGCAAAAUAAGAGCACUUUUGGAAACAAUUUAUGAUUUGAAGUAUAAUGCAAUGUGUUUACUAAAAUAUCCUUCUAGUCGCAAGGAUCUAGUAACAUUAAGUUGUAUUGAGUCAUUCUUAUUCUUGAGAGAUUUACUUAUUAAAGGACAAUUAAAACUUCAAAACCACAUUAUUAAAUCGUCUGAAACUAUACCACAAGAAUUAGAAUCUGUGUCACAUAUAGAGGACAUCUCUGAAGAUAUUGAUUUUGGGAUAACAGUAGACUUUAUAGAAAAAGAAUCGAGUAAAGAAACUUUAGAUGAAAUGAAAUAUAUUGACGGUGUAGAGGAACAAAAAGAAAUAUCUGCUGAAGAUAGGGAAUCUCAAGAAUCAUUCAUUGAAGACAUUUUCAAAGAUACUACUGAUUUUCAUGUAGAAAAUUAAUACAAAUUAAAUGCAAACUAUAAGCUUGCAGAGGAAUCAUUAUCUGACAUCAUAGAAGAAUAAAACCAACCAUUUAAAAUUGUUUGCAAAGGUAUUUUUUAAUUUAUCAGCAUUAUUAUUUCUUUGGAAAAACAUAAUUUUUUAUCUUUAAUACAAAAUGUA